CCGAAUCCUCGACUUCUUCUCUGACUUUGUUUACAUCUAGGCGUGUGGUGACGUCCUGACCAAGAAGAAACUUGAUCCUCAUCGCAGUCGUUGUCACGGCGCAACCUUUACCUGUAUUGAUUGCAUGGUAUACUUUCCCGGCACCCAGUACCGUUCGCAUACUUCUUGCAUGAGCGAAGAGCAGAAAUAUCAAGGCGCAUUAUACAAACCAAAGCAGAACAAGCAGCAGCAGCAGCAGCAGCAGAAGCAACAGCAACAGCAAAACCAACAACCCAACAUGAACUCGCGCCGUUCAGACAUGGCAAACACACUGGCCCUGCAGCCAUUCGUGGAAGACAUCGGCGAAGAUAAGGAGUACGAGUCGUGGCACGAGUACGAAGUCCAUGACAACCAGUCUCCUCCCCCAAGGGCCCCAAGCCCUCCAACUGCCUCCGGCGAUGAACACGUCAACGUUUUCGAUUUUCUGGACAACUCACAAACCCCAACCGCCUCCAACGUCAGCCGCCCUCGAGAGCGAAGAGCCCCCGAUACGUCCGACGCUACCUCUCUUGUCCGCUACGAAUCAAAGACUGGCGAGCUCCUGGAGCCUGCCGCUCUUAUGGACCAAGAUAAAGAACCUCUUGUACAAUAUGGAACCGGCCCUGUGCCUACCUCUUUCGCCACCCCUCACGCCAAGACUGAGCGACGAAAAUCAAGGGAAGGCGAUCUGAAGAAGGACAAGAAGCGGAAGCGCUUGCACGUUGACGUCGCUGGCGACCAGAUCAUGGCAGACGCACCUCCCGUUCUCCAUUCCGGCCUUACUGGCGGACUCAAGAACAUGAUGCGACCCGACUUCCCACCUUCACCUGAUUACUCUGGAGAUAACAUUGCCGAAUCGCCAACAAGCCCGCUCAAGAAGACAAAGCACACCCGACACCACAAGAGCCACCACCACCACACAAUGAACAACAGCAUCUUUGGCAUGAUUUCUGGCUCUCCACCAAAGGUCAAGUCGAGCAAGCACAAGUCUUCCUCUAAGAAGCACUCUCAUCAUAAGCACGACAAGAAGGAGCCCAAGCUCAUCGAGUACCGACCAAGCUCCAAGGAGGGCAAGCGGGAGAACCUUGACGGGCAGAUGAUUGUCUUCAAGCCCCGCGCCGACGUCUUUCUCAGCUUCGUUAACAAGGGACCAGAGAGCGAGCGCGGCUGCAGCAUGAACAAGGCAUUGAAGCGAUUCCACCGAGAACGCCAGGCUGUUGGUGCUAGUACUCCCAAGAUCAAGGACGAGAAGGAGUUGUGGCGAUCACUGAGACUUCGACGCAAUGACCGAGGCGAGAUUGUUCUCUUUUCUAUAUAAUUCAACAAACAAGAAGUAAAACAAAGAAAAGAACAAAAAAAAGGAAAUCCAGAAAACCCAACAAAUAAAGAAAAAAAAUCCGGCUGAUUCUACUCUAUAGAAUGGAAUCUGCUAAAUGUUACAUGGAUACAGGAGUUUUGCCGAAUUAUCUUGUUUUCUCUGACAGCGUUUUUACAUGCUUGGUCGGAAUGGAACUGUACCAUUAUGUCUUUCUAUCUGUCAUACUAUUCUAAAGGGUUAUGGAUAGACGGGCAAAUUUUUGGCCUUCCCCCUUGUACCAACAUUAUCAUUAUCAUCAUCAUUAUCAUCGACAUCAUUUCCGCAAUCUUCUAGCCGAGCUGGCGCCGUCG